CAGACUUCUCGGAUCGACCAGUUUUUAGUGGUUUGACAAACGUCGAUGGCCAAUGCUGCGAGUCCGUUCGCCCCCCUCAAUCUGGCCCACCACGACGCCAACUACCUGAGGGAACUCGUCCACGUCUUCGUACAACAGCAAGUCCAGAAUUAUGAGCGGUACCUGCAUGACGACCACGAACGUCUCGACAAUAAACGGUGGAAACAGGUUCUUCAUCGUGACAAUAUGCGGGUAUUCUCGGAACUCGAAAGCGCGGACCCCGCCAACGACCUGGGGUACGUCAACCAGCAGCAAUCAGCCGAGCUGGCGGACCUGCCUGCUCUGCUGACCGUAGGACAACUGGAAGGCUCAUUAGACGACGCCAUGUACGGUGUAAUGACCCCUACAGUGGCAUCCAUGCGCAUUAAGUAUUUCUACACUGGAGACCAACUCGCUAACGGUGCCGUACUAGCAACAAUCGACAGUCCGUCGCCCGUGGACCCGUUCCAGUCGCUCACUGUCAAGUGGGUCGAAGGCUACCAGUCCCCAAUGCUGCGUCCUCUUGUAAGUAGCCGCGACUUUGUCUACAUGGAGGCUACGGGCUUCACCAAGCUGAGUGACGGAGAGUUGGUAGGGUACCACCUUCUCCACUCAGUGCACUUCCCACAAACACCCAAGACGCGGAAUAAUACGCGUGGUACGAUGUCCAUCUGCGGGUUGUACAGACAACGGAACCACAGCGCCGUGGACUUAUACUGCCGCGCGUCCGUGAACUCAGGAGGACGGAUAGCUCGCUCUAUUGGCGUAAAAUACGCGGCAGUGUCACUCAUCUCAGCGAGGAAAAUGAUCCGCUGCGCUCAUCUCAAGAAGCUGACGUGGUUAUUGAGAGUACGCGAUACUAACACUAUCAUCCGUGGAGAAGCCAAAUGCAUCGGCUGUGGCCAAAAACCUGGGAUUUUCGCCACGGAGAUCGGCUCAUGCUCGCUUUGUAAGCGUGCACUUUGCUCAUCAUGCAGAUUGAAAGUUGAGCUGGGCUUUGCUUCUUCGAACGGUAGUUUUUUCAAGAAGAAAAUGUGGUUCUGCUCCUACUGCGUUGAUGAAGCAGCUCGAACGAGCUCUCGAACCGUUGCGUGUGGAGAUUAUGCGGACUCGAGGAUUGUGGAGAGAACGCCAUGGAGCAGUGGACCGACGAAUUCGAGCUCGCCCUCUGGCUCGGAGCGUAGUGAUGAUUGGGGAUCGCUAGACAAACGCUACCUCAAUCUCAUGCCUAGAUAGUUAUGAACUAAUUUACUUUUAACGAAUGAAUAUCAAGUUAAGCGCUGAUUCGAUGUGGA